CUUGAUUCUCAUUUCUUCUUCUUUUCCAUCAUUUGGUGAUUACCCAUUUGCCAAAAAAGGUUCUUCACAGACUCAUGUGCAAGUUUCUUCUGUGAAACUUCUCUGCAGAUAAAGCGAAAUUAAGGCAUUCAACAAUUUUUUGGAACGACUGACAUUUAACAUCAAGGAUGGGAUCUGGUGAUUGGAUUAAGAAUAUACUCAGCUUAAAGAAAAAAAAGGAUGACAGGUCUAAGAAAUUGAAGGAAUCUUCAGCACCCAAAAAGUCAAAUGGUUUCAAACAGGAGCACGCCUCUCAGAAAGAAUAUGCUAAGAUUACCAAUGGUGCUUCUAAUGGAAAUCCUGGAGUUCUUGGUAUGCAUGUCGAAGAUAUAGCAGCAACUCAUAUUCAAACUGCAUUCCGAGCAUACAUGGCGAGGAAAGCUUUAAGGCGUUUGAAAGGGACAGUAAGAUUGCAGGGACUGAUCCAAGGCCAUUCCAUCAAAAAGCAAGCGUCAACUACACUGAGCUAUCUUCAUUCAUGGAGCAGCAUACAGGCCCAGAUUAGAGCUCGCCGACUCUUUAUGGUAACUGAAGGCCGGAACAGACAGAAGAAGCUGGAGAACCAAUUAAAGCUCGAGGCAAAGCUUCAUGACCUAGAGGUGGAUUGGAAUGGUGGCUCUGAGACAAUGGACGAAAUACUUUCAAGGAUAUAUCAGAGAGAAGAAGCUGCAGUAAAGCGGGAGCGAACUAUGGCAUAUGCCUUUUCUCAUCAAGUAACUCAAUCACAAGAAUAUUAUUCCAUUAGUUUUGCUUCCUCUGUUAUACCAGAGCACUAUAGAUCUAAUCUUUUCGCAGUGGAGAGCCAAUUCUAAUCCAAAUCUUGGGCUGAAUUCCAAACUUGGCAAAUCUGAUUGGGGUUGGAGCUGGACAGAACGCUGGAUUGCUGCUCGACCAUGGGAGAGCCGAGUCUCUGUUCAGUCAAGUCCAAAGAAAGCUCAUGGUCGGCCCACAAACAAGAGUAGUAAAAACAUAAAUUCGCCAACAAUGAAAACAGCAAUGUCAAUCAAAUCCAUUUCACCUAACGGGAAGGGAACCACAACAGCCCGAAAGUUGUCUUACACUGCAGCUGAGAAACCAGCCACAGAAGAAGGAAACAUUUCAGCUGAGGAAUCAAACAACACCAAGAAAUGACAAGUGAUAUCUUUAUAGCAAACCAAUGAUAUAAAUUCAGAGACGAUGGAUUUUUGAAUUGGUAUGUUGCUGUGAAUUGAAGAAAAAACAUUCAUUCAUUUUGUGGCCAUUUCUCAUUCUAUACAUAUGGAGUGGUGUGAAAGUAGGAGAGUUUGCCAUUUCUCAUUCUGUACAGAAUGAAAGAACAAACUCGAUUCGGACUGACCUGGUUAUCCUUCUUUCUUGUUUGAUAUUCUUUCUUUCUUUCUUUUUAUGGGGAAUUGGUAUAAUUUGGAGAAAAUAAGUUAUAUAAAUGGUUAUGUAAAUAGAGAAAGUAUGUUUUUGGUGAGUUUUUGUGGGAAUGUGCAAAUAUUCAGCUUCUGUUUCCUUUUGAGUUCACUGUGUUAUUAUUUU